GCGGUCCCGGGGCGGAGUGAGGAGAAGGCGCUGGGGGCCAUGUUGAGGCCCCGCUUUUCCUUUCUGACUCAUUAGCUCGGGCCUUCCGCUGCUCGAGGGGAAAAAUGUCAUUGAAACAGAUUUCCAGCAACAAGUGCUUUGGGGGAUUGCAGAAGGUUUUUGAACAUGACAGUGUUGAGCUGAACUGCAAAAUGAAAUUUGCCAUCUACUUGCCACCAAAGGCUGAAACUGAAAAAUGCCCUGCACUGUAUUGGCUGUCAGGUUUGACUUGCACAGAACAAAAUUUUAUAUCAAAAUCUGGUUAUCACCAGGCUGCUUCAGAACAUGGCCUUGUUGUCAUUGCCCCAGACACUAGCCCUCGUGGCUGCAAUAUUAAAGGAGAAGAUGAGAGCUGGGACUUUGGCACUGGUGCUGGAUUUUAUGUGGAUGCCACUGAAAACCCUUGGAAAACUAACUACAGAAUGUAUUCUUAUGUAACAAAUGAGCUUCCACAACUCAUAAAUGCCAACUUUCCAGUGGACCCUCAGAGGAUGUCUAUUUUUGGUCACUCUAUGGGAGGCCAUGGAGCUUUGAUUUGUGCUUUAAAGAAUCCUGGAAAAUACAAAUCUGUGUCAGCAUUUGCUCCAAUUUGCAACCCGGUGCUUUGUCCAUGGGGCAAAAAGGCCUUUGGUGGAUAUUUGGGAACAGACCAAAAUAAAUGGGAGGCUUACGAUGCAACUCAUCUUGUGCAGUCCUACCCAGGUUCUCAGCUGGACAUACUAAUUGAUCAAGGAAAGGAUGAUCAGUUUCUUUCAGAUGGCCAGUUACUACCUGAUAACUUCAUAGCUGCCUGCAUAGAAAAGAAAAUCCCUGUUGUUUUUAGAUUACAAGAGGGUUAUGAUCAUAGCUACUUCUUCAUUGCAACAUUUAUUACUGAUCACAUCCGACAUCAUGCAAAAUACCUGAAUGCAUAAGGAACUUCAGAUAAAAGAGUCUUUGAAGGAUUAUAAAAAUGGUAAUAAAAAGAGUUUCAGGGGAAAUCAUUUUAAAGCAUUGGAAUUCGUAAUGCUAAAUAUGCUUCAUUCUAUAUUUGAAUCACCUUCUGAAUAAAUAUCCAAAACCUG